AUGUCGGAAAUAGUGCACGUGCAAGUUGGCCAGUGUGGGAAUCAGAUUGGAUCAAAGUUUUGGGAAAUAAUAUCCGACGAGCAUGGAGUGGAUCAAACUGGAAUGUACAUUGGAGAGAAUCCUUUGCAGCAGGAACGUAUAAAUGUCUACUACAAUGAAGCAUCUGGAGGAAGAUAUGUGCCCCGAGCAGUUCUCGUCGAUCUGGAACCGGGAACGAUGGACGCGGUUCGGGCCGGACCGUACGGAAAAUUGUUCAGGCCCGACAACUUCAUUUUCGGACAAAGCGGUGCAGGCAAUAAUUGGGCUAAAGGACAUUACACAGAAGGAGCAGAGCUGGUCGAUGCAGUGCUGGACGUCGUCAGGAAAGAAGCAGAAGGAUGUGAUUGCUUACAAGGUUUUCAGUUGGCCCACUCGUUGGGCGGUGGUACGGGUUCAGGUCUGGGCACGCUACUGAUAAGCAAAAUCAGGGAGGAGUUUCCUGAUAGGAUAAUGAACACGUUUAGUGUUGUCCCCUCACCAAAGGUGAGCGAAGUUGUACUGGAGCCUUACAACGCAACGCUAUCGGUACACCAGCUGGUCGAAAACACCGACAUGUCAUUCUGCAUUGACAACGAGGCGCUGUACAACAUCUGCUUCAGGACACUCCGCCUCGGCAGUCCGACGUAUGGGGAUCUCAAUCAUUUGAUAUCAUUAACAAUGUCCGGUGUCACAACGUGUCUGAGAUUCCCCGGGCAGCUCAACGCUGGACUUAGAAAGCUAGCUGUAAAUAUGGUUCCGUUCCCACGAUUGCACUUCUUCAUGCCAGGUUUCGCGCCAUUAACGGCCAGAAACGCAUUUAGUUAUCGUCCACAAACAGUUCCCGAAUUAAUGAGUCAGAUGUUCAAUCCCAGUAACAUGAUGACGGCGUGCGAUCCGAGGCAUGGUCGCUACCUAACCGCAGCCACUAUGUUCCGCGGCCGCAUGUCCAUGCGCGAGGUGGACGAACAGAUUCUCGCCGUACAGAACAAAAAUUCGAGCUUCUUCGUUGAAUGGAUCCCACAUAACCUCAAAGUAUCCGUGUGCGACAUUCCGCCACGCGGUCUCAAAAUGGCCGCCACCUUCAUUGGAAAUACCACGGCAAUUCAAGAAAUUUUCAAACGUAUAUCUGAGCAGUUUUCGGCUAUGUUCCGAAGGAAGGCUUUUCUACAUUGGUACACAGGCGAAGGUAUGGACGAGAUGGAGUUUACAGAGGCUGACAGUAACAUGAGUGACCUCAUAUCAGAGUAUCAACAGUAUCAGGAGGCUGGCGUUGAAGACGACGAUGCAGAAUUUGAUGAAAUGGAAAAAGAUGAACAAGAGAUUCAAGAAACUGAAACGGUGCAGUAG